UGCCGCUGCCUUGAUCGAGACUAACCGUUGGUGCUGCAUGGAGAGGAACUCGGGAGGAUAUUAAGCAAUGUCGAACACAGUUAUGGGCAAUUAACCACAGUACGAGUAUAUGCUAACUCUGUAACCUUAAACCAUUUGCUACUGUACUUUAAGCUUGCUUCUCCCUCUUCCUCUUCUGUUCUGGAAGAGGGGAAAAAAACGAGCAGCUGGAAAGGUCACAGAGGAGGUCACAGAGGACAAUACAAACGUCUUUCUUUGCUUUGUUUUUACUUGUUCAGAUCAUCAUACGGUAAAAUGGAUUCACCAAACAACAGGAGACAAUCAGGGCUGAAUCUCCCACCUGGGAUGAGCAGAAAUUCCUUAUAUUUACAAACAAGCAGUACAGGUGGGCAUUCUUCUUCAGGGGUGUGUCCCAGUACCCCCUCCCCAACUCGUAAAAUAACUACUACUUACAGUGACAGAUUCAUUCCCAGUAGAUCAGGUUCCAGGCUCAAUGGAUUCGCCCUGAUUGACAACAAGCCUUCGCCCAGCCGAUGCUCAACAGAAGCAUCACCAGCUAAGGAAGAUGGGUCACCCUCCUCUGCGUCUGCUUAUUCAAUGCUGCUUAGAAAUGAGCUCUUUGGGACAGAUGCUGUUGGCCCCGUCUCUCCUGCUACUCCUGAAAAGGGUAAUGGUGCUUCUUCCAGGGAUUUGACCAAAUCCCCUCUAAGUCCUGUCAGGAAUCUGUUCAGAUUUAGGAGUGAUCUGAGUGCCCCCGGGUCACCUUAUUCUGAAAGUCCCGUUGGAAGCGAGGGAAUUUUUAGUCCUAGUGUUGGUACUCCACCCAAGCCGCCCCGUAAGAUCACUCGUUCUCCUUACAAGGUUUUGGAUGCUCCUGCCCUUCAAGAUGAUUUCUACCUUAACCUAGUGGAUUGGUCAUCCAAUAACGUGCUUGCAGUAGGUUUAGGCACCUGUGUCUACCUAUGGAGUGCAUGUACCAGUAAGGUCACCAAACUCUGCGACUUAGGAACAACUGAUGGUGUGUGUUCUGUUGCAUGGACUCCACAAGGCACAUAUCUUGCUGUAGGUACUAACAACGGGGAGAUCCAGAUCUGGGAUGCAGCUCGCUGUAAAAAAGUCCGGACAAUGGGAGGUCACUUAACUAGAGCCGGGGCACUAGCUUGGAGUUCUCACAUCUUAUCAUCUGGCAGUAGGGAUCGAAAUAUACUUCAUCGUGACAUUCGAGUUCAGGAUGACUAUGUCAGAAAGCUUGUUGGACAUAAAUCAGAGGUAUGUGGACUGAAGUGGUCUUUUGAUGACCGUGAACUGGCAUCAGGUGGAAAUGACAAUCAGCUUUUAGUAUGGAAUCAACAAUCAGCACAACCAUUGUUAAGAUUUAGUGAGCACACAGCUGCAGUAAAGGCCAUUACAUGGUCUCCCCAUCAACAUGGGAUUCUGGCAUCUGGAGGUGGGACAGCAGACCGAUGCAUACGAUUCUGGAAUACAGCAACAAAUACUCGUUUGAACUGUGUAGAUACAGGGAGUCAGGUUUGUAAUCUUGUUUGGUGCAAAAAUGUCAAUGAACUUGUGAGCACUCAUGGAUAUUCUCAGAACCAAAUAAUGGUAUGGCGAUAUCCAACCAUGACAAAGCUAGCAACUCUAACAGGCCAUACUCUUAGGGUUCUUUACCUCGCCAUUUCACCGGAUGGACAGACAAUUGUCACCGGGGCAGGGGAUGAAACUCUAAGAUUUUGGAAUAUUUUUCCAUCUCCCAAGUCACAGAGCACUGUUCGUGAUUCUGGAGUAUGGUCCCUAGGACGAACUCAGAUUCGGUGAUUUUCUUGUUUCUCCAUUAGAGGAAACAUAUUUGACCUUUCUCUGUAAAGCAUGUCCUUUUACAUCUUCCAUUUUUUGCUUCUGCAUUCACCCAGCUGCGAGCCACAAAUUAAAGAUUUUUAUAAUUUUAAAGAAGAGAUUGAGGCAGAGUAAGAGCAACUUAUUUUCAGAAAUCGCUCAUUAUCUCUCAUGAUGGUGAGCCUAGCCAUCAUGGAACAAGAGUUUUGUUUGAGGUUGCAGUCCCUGACGUGAUCUGCAAAAGACGCAGAGUCCUAACUCCUGUUAACUUAGAAAUUUAUGUUGUUUGGAAUGUUUGUAAGAUUGGAGAAAACAAAUUUUAUACUAUUGAAGCAAACUAUUGGCUUGUCCUGCAGGAUUUUCUGUUCAUCUGACCAGGAAAAGGGCAAGCCAGAUUUCCAGAAAGUAGGCCAGCUUAGUCAAUUUCAAUUUGUUUGGAGGGUAUGUUAUUGUGGGCUUCUUGUCACGAGUGUUAAAUUCUUUGAUUUGUGUAUAUUGAUCAGUCUUGUUGUUAGCAUUCACAAGUCUUGUAGAGAGGUAAAAUUCCAGGGAUCCUUAAUUGCAUAUAGCCAUUCUUUGUACCUAAAUGCCUUUAACAGCAGUGUUGUUCGCACUGUUGAAAUACUCUGGUCAAGAUCUGAGAAGUUGUAUCCCUAUUUUUCUGUAAAUUUGAAACCAAUUUCUUUAA